AUGCAGGAAGAGUUGGAAAUGAAGAGCGGGAGUGCUGUGCGAUCGGGGCCAGCAGAUCAUGCACAGGGUGGUGGGAGCGUGGCGUAUCGGCAGAAGCAGCAGUUGGAGAGAUACCUCAGCUUCUUCUCAUCCCUCGCCUUCUCGGCGACCCUGCUCGCCUCAUGGGAGUCAGCUGGUGGCAGUAUCCAAUCUGGCUUGCUCAACGGUGGCCCGGCAGCCAUCGUCUACGGCAUCAUCAUAAGCACAAUCGGUAACCUGACCAUUGCAUGCUCGCUGGCCGAGCUUGCCUCUGUACACCCGACUGCUGGCGCGCAGUACCACUGGAGCUACUUCCUUGCGCCACGCUUCCGUCGCUUCAUCAGUUUCUUCCAAGGUAGCCUCGCUCCUCCAUACAGUUAUGUUCCCGCUAACCUGGCAGGCUGGGUCACCGUGUUCUCCUGGUCGGCGCUCGUCUGCAUCUCGCCGUACUUCAUUGGGGCCCAGAUCCAGGGCAUGAUCGCCCUCGCUCAUCCCGACUACGAAGUCGUACCAUGGCGCAGCACGCUGCUCAUGUGGGCGGUUGCUCUGAUCCCCAUUGUGAUCAAUAUCUUUGCGCGGCGUAUUCUAGGGCCAAUUGAGGUCGCUGCGGGCAUCAUGCACGUCGUCUUUCUGCCUGUCACCAUCGCCGUCUUCGUCAUUCUGGCCCCUCGCAACCCGAACGAAUUCGUCUGGAAUACCUUCGUCAGUUUGGGUGGCUGGAGUAACUCUGGGGUGGCGUACUCAGUUGGUCUUCUCGGAGUCAUCACUCCGCUAUCCGGUAUUACCCCUUCCCUUCCCCUACUCAUACAUGAAGCUGAUGAGUGUCCAGGCGUCGACGGUGUCAUCCACAUGGCGGAAGAGGUCAAAAACGCCAAAACGGUCGUCCCGCGCUCCAUGAUCUACGGCACCCUCAUCAAUGGCGUCCUCGCCUUUUCCUACCUUGUCGCAGUCCUCUACUGCAUGGGCAACUACGAAGAAGCCCUUCUCAGCCCGACCGGCUUUCCGAUCAUCACAAUCGCUUACCAAGCGACGGGCUCUUUGCCCGCCACAUUUGUCCUGAUGGCGAUGGGUAUGCUACCUGGCUGGAUUGCACUCUUCAACGGCCUCGCAUCCGUAACGCGUCUCGCCUGGGCGUUUGCACGAGACAACGGCCUCCCCUUCUCCGACUUCUUUGCGCGCGUAGACCCGCGUUUCAAAAUCCCCAUCCGUGCUUUGUUCCUUGUUGCGUCGUGCAUAGUUGCCCUGUCAUUCAUCCAGAUCGGAUCCAGCACGGCUUUCAACGCUAUCCUGUCUCUCAGCACACUGGGGCUCUACAUCUCCUAUCUCAUUCCGCUGUGGCUUCUCGUCUACAAGCGCGUCACAGCGCCCUCGGACAUCCCGCGGGGCACGUUCAGCCUCGGCAAAUGGGGCCUUCCUGUUAAUCUGUUGGCUAUCCUCUUUGCGACGUACUUCGUCAUCUUCUUGCCGUUUCCGCCGCAAGUGCCGGUUACAGGGGAGAAUAUGCAGUAUGCGGGCCCGGUGCUCGGAUUCGUUAUGCUCUUUGCGAUUGGCGAUUGGAUUGUCCGAGGCCGGCAUAGGUGGGAGGGUCCGACGGUGAGUUUGAGGGCGUAUGGUAGGGAGUAA